UUCGUGCGCCAUCUUUGACGGCUCUGUUAUUUUUGUUUUCACAAAGUAUAGAAAAGUAUGAUAGAACACUAAAUCCCGUUAAAUAACACAAACAUACAUUUAGUUUUUGCAUUUUAACAGUAUUAUACUGUAGAAGUCGUUGGGAAAACAUUUUACUGAGAUGUCGCUUGUGGAUUUGGGAAAGCGUUUGUUGGAGGCAGCGCGUAAAGGCGAGGAUGAUGAAGUGAGGUCUCUUAUGGCCAAUGGAGCACCUUUUACCACAGACUGGCUGGGGACCUCACCACUUCAUUUAGCAGCACAAUACGGCCACUACUCUACAGCUGAAGUGCUCCUCCGUGCCGGGGUGAGUAGAGAUGCUCGCACUAAGGUCGAUCGGACCCCUCUUCACAUGGCUUCUUCAGAGGGCUAUACAAGCAUUGUUGAAUUAUUGGUCAAGAGUGGAGCAGACAUCAACGCCAAGGACAUGUUGAAAAUGACUGCCUUGCACUGGGCGACAGAACACGGUCACAGAGGGGUCGUAGAGCUGCUGAUCAAAUAUGGUUCCGAUACUCACUCCCUCAGCAAGUUUGAUAAGACGCCAUUCAACAUUGCAGUGGACAGAGGAAACACUGAGCUUAUGUUGUUAUUACAGGAUGGAAUGCAGAACCAGGUGAACAUGAAUCCAGAAAGAACUAUCUUAGGUAGUUCUCCAGCCACUGCCAGUCCUCAGUUCAUCAUCUCAUCACCAGGAGGGGUCAAUCUCUCUGAUAUUGUUCUCACCAAUGCUAAAACAAACACAGGAGCUGGAGAGAGUGUGAUAGCUGCAGACUCCGUGGACUCGGCGAUCCAGCACCUUGUAGGAGAAGAUGGCCAGAGAGUGAUUACCAUAGUAACAGACCAACAUGGCAGUCUGGGACAAAAAUUCUUUGUCACAAUGCAAGGACAACAGAUGGUUGCGGUACCCGCUGGCCAGAUUUCUGAAGAAAUUGUAACGGAGGACACCAAACCACUUUCAUCACGUAAGAGGAAGUUUGAAUCAACAGUCAACCACACAGAUUCCAGACAUAAGGAGCUUACUGAGAAAGACAGCCGGGAACGAUUGGAGCAGCAGCUAAAAGAAGCCAACAGAAAAGCCCAGGAGUAUCGGCAACAGUUACUAAGGAAGGAGCAGGAAGCAGAACAGUACCGGCUUAAACUUGAGGCCAUUACCAUACGACAAACCAAUGGCACCUGCACAGAGCCCCAAGAGGAAGUGGUCCUUCAGGAAGAGGAAGAGGAGGAGGAGGAGGUGGUUGGUGGAGAGGAAGUUGUCAUGUUCUCAGAAGGGGCCAUCAUUAUUAAGGAGGAGGCCCUUGACUCUACAGAAGGAGAGACAUUGACAUUAGUAGAUGCAGCAGAUAUUACAGCCACCUCUGAGGUCACACCGUAGCAGUAAAUCCAAAGACUGAAACACUCAGGAAUUGCAUAAACUUAACUAGUCUGUGUACCUGGAGUGCCAUGUUGUAUUUAUUUAUUGUAAAUCAUAACCAUUUGUUUUUUAUCCAUUUUUUUUACUUAUUUUAAGGAACAGUUGGGAUGAACCUCUGCAAUGAUUUCCAUUUAGGUGGCCACAGCAUCAAAGCUGAACCAUUCAGAUUGAUAGGAAUAGAAUAGGGAGUGCUUUUUAACACAAGUGGUUAUGUUGGUUCAAGUGAAAAUGCUCAAGCCACAUUAUUAAUCUAAUUCUUUUGUAAAGUACACAAUGUGACUGCUUCAUAUUGCUUCACAAUUUACUUAUUUAACAGCGAAUGGAAAACAAUGGAUUUGAAUGGCACAAUACCAAGCAUUUUGCAAAGUUAAGGCGGUUGUUAGCUUUGAACAGUAGUUGAAGUUGGCUAGUUUGUAAUGAAUAAUAAGUAGCUGUGUAUGUACUUAGUAAAAACUCUCUAUUGGGAUUUUUUAGUGGUUGCUAAGACUGUUACUCCCUUCUGAUGAAUGUUUUGCUUGUUUUUAUCUUGCAUUGUUUCCUUUGUUUUGUUAGAUACACUAAUUCACAGUUGUAUUGCUUCAAAGAAUACGCAGCAUUUCCUUGCAUGUGUUUCAUAGCUUGGCUAUGUGUCUGUUUUGACGUCAUCUGAUAUAUUGUAAAAUGCUGCUCUGUUUCCAGAUGUUAGCAGCUUUUACAGUUGAUCUUGCAGUGAAGUUAUAUCAUCAGUUGUGUUGAAAAACAUCAUUUGUUGCAUGACAACGAAAUGUUUUAAAAUGUGAAUGAAUAUGAAUAUUGUUUUAACCUUUAUUAGGCGUUUUUCUUUUCACAGACGUUAGCAGUAUUUUUGAUUGGAUUUCCAGGUACACAGCUGAUGAUUAACAUUCCUUUAAAUUAAUUUUAAGGGCUUUAUUUGUAGCUCAAAUUAUACUUUGUACAUAUGCAAAUAUUUCCAUCUAAACCCAUGGAUAUUAUGUAUUUAUUUAAUGGGUGCUUGGGGAUUUGUUUGGACAAGACAAUGUUUUUUCUUCUACUUUUUGUUUACUGAUAUUUUCAGUUGUAUAUGGUGAUAUCUGAAGUGGUUUGUAAUUCAAAAUGAUGACAAGCAUUAAGAUUUGGUUUUUAGUUUCAAAUCUAAGGCAAAUGAUGUUUAACUUUUCAAAUUGUUUUUGGAAAGUUUGAUGGGCUGAAUAAUCAAUCACAUUGAAAAUGUUUUUUUUUUAGUGUGAUAGAUGGAAAUGCUUAGAGCUCGACAAACAUUCAGGCAGACGAACACAUAAUGCAUAACAGACGCCAACAGUUUGUCGCUAGGGUUUGUUUGUAUAUUUUACAUGUAUAUCAUUGCAAUGAAACACUAUUGGGUGUUAAUUUUGAUAUUUACUAGUUUUUAUAGGGAAAAAUGAAUAAAGUAAUAAACACUCGACUCGUUAAC